AUGGUGAAGGGUUCAUCGAGAAUGGAUAAACAAAACACUGGUGAUGCUAGAAAUAGCAAAGGCACUGUUACGAUGACUGUACUGCAACAUUUCGUGGAAAGGGAUGCAGAGCUGAAGAAACAGAUAGAGGCUACAAAACUCCGAGGUGAGGAGCUGAAGGCCCGGGAGAAGAAUAUUGAUCCAAAACUGGUCCGUGUGGUGAAUGGCGACUUUGAGUUCUGGCUUUAUUAUGGUGAAUUUAUAUUUGGAACUCUUGCCAAUAAGACAUUAUGUUGA